AUGAUACCAAAUGCCAAGUUCUGGUCAAAUCUUCCAGGACUGAUUUCGGUAAGUGUUUUAGUGUCCGAGAAGUUACCAUCGUUUUUAUAACUUGUUCCACGCAGACAUUUGCAGGCUAAUGAAAGAAAUUUUUUUUAAUCAUCACGGAAAAAAAGAAAGGACCCACCGAAGGAUUUUACAACCCUAUAAACAUGUUCUUUUUUAGUAAGCACCUAAAUUAAAAGUGCAUCAGAAUGGUUUUGAAAACUACACCUACGCCACAUUUAUAUUUUAAUGGCUUUCUUUGUCGAGAUAGGCGCACCGGUUACGACGGAAUUGAGAGAAAGAAAGAAUCUUUGACUUUCCGUACAGUAUUAAUUACGGACCGAAAGUUCCAUGAAGAGAACGUGGAAUGACUGUGUUAUAAAUAAUGCUGUUAUUUUUUAAAUUAAGGUUUGAAUAAUUUCUCUUUCAGGAUGGAUUCUCCUUUGUUAUAUCGAAGAUCACAUGUUCGGAGAUGUCCACAACACAAGAACGUUACGACCGCAUGUAG